AUGGGAGCCCCCCUGCUCCCCUGGCUGCUGCUGCUGCUGCUGGUGUCCCACCCUGCCCACGCAGCCAUCCUGGAGGUGAACGGGAACCUGAGCUGUAGGUGUGCCAAGACAACCUCGGAAUACAUCAGUCCCAAGAAAUACGAGAGCAUUGAGAUAAGGCCCGUGGGCAGCAGCUGCAGGCGCACGGAGAUCAUCAUUAAGUUGAGAACCUCAGGGAAGGUGUGUGUGAAUCCCGAAGCCCCCUGGGUGAAGAAGCUGCUGAAGCGCAUUGCCAGCACGAAGAAAUAAUAGGUUUCCUGCUAAGGAAGUUGGUGCCCAGAGCCCC